AUGAACUUAUUUACCAGCAAAAUAGGUGAUGUGGGUCCAGCCGGGUGUGUAUCAGCUUCCCCACAGGAUCUGGCUAAAUGGAUCCAGUUUAUAUCCGCGGGGGGAUCGACAGUGGAUGGACACCAAUUAAUUCAUCCAGACGUCUUCAAAGAAAUGAUUAAUCCUCACAUGUACCUAGAUGAUUGGUCUAUAGGUCGAUUCUUUCUGGAUGACGAUUAUCCUGUUCAGGCCUCAGAUACUUGGUAUGGUUAUGGGUGGUAUGGUGGAUCCUACAGAGGUUAUAAAAAGCUGCUUCAUCCUGGAAACUGGUACGGAUAUUCCGCAGUAGCUGGUUUCUUCCCUGAUCAGAAUGCUGGAUUUGUGAUAACCAUCAAUGGUCCCUGGUACAUCAAUUAUAAGAAUUCUAUCGCGCCAGUAUCCUAUGUUCUCUCAGACAUUCUUCUCGGCGAGAGCCAAUGGCUGGACAACAACACUAUCUGUAGUUUCCCCGCCCCCUGGAAAAGCACAGGUGCCACCCCUAUAAACAACAACACACAACCAGUUCAACCAGCCGAAAUGGAUGUGAACCAGUUUACGGGUGAUUAUGGUCAUCGAAUCUUUGGGACUAUGAAAAUAAGGGAGGUGGAGUCGCAGAAACUAUCCUUUCAAAUGAAUUCUGCAGGAAUAGGUAACCUAAGCCUUUUGUCUGAUGGCGUGGGAAAAUUCCACAUGACCUUCAAUGAACUGAUGAGUGACGUUGCAGAGAGCACGUGUAGUCUUCAAUUUGGUAUGAAAUCAGAUGGAAAAUAUCAGAAAGUCACAGCCUCCUGCUUCUAUUCCACGUAUGAGUACCAAAGAGGAGUGGACUUUCUGAGCCCAGAGUCUGAUGCCAGUACAGCGUCAGGACUAAUUCUAUCCUGGUUCCCUCUACUUCUUUGUUUUCUAAAAUUGAUGCUUUAA